CCGCCGCCGCCGCCUUGGUCCCGCCCCCGGGCCGCGGGAGAGGCGGCAGCAUGGUGGAGAAGCGGUGCCCGCUGCAGAGGGACGGCGUGUACCGCUGGUUCUCCGAGCUGCCCUCCCCGCAGCGGGUGGAGUUCCUCUGCGGCCUCCUGGACCUGUGCAUCCCGCUGGAGCUGCGCUUCCUGGGCUCCUGCCUGGAGGACCUGGCCCGCAAGGACUACCACUCCCUGCGCGACUCGGAGAUCAAGGCCAACAACCCCGCCGACCUGGGCAGCCUCACCAACCUGACGGACGAGGUGGUCCGCAGCAAGCUGCUGGUGUCGCUGGCCCUGCUGGGCUCCGAGCAGCGGGAGGCGGCCGGGGUCCUCUACCGGACCCUCACGCACAUCGACUCCAUCAUCCACAACUACGGGCUGCAGCUCAACGAGGGCCGCACGGGCGAUGAGUUCCUGCUGCUCUUCACCAUGGCCUCCAACCACCCCGCCUUCAGCUUCCACCAAAAACAGGUCCUGAGGCAGGAGCUCACCCAGAUCCAGAGCAGCCUCAGCGGCGGCGGCGGCGGCGGCGGCCACGGCCAGGGCGGCGGCAAGAGCCCCCCGGGCAACAGCAGCCCCCUGCCCACCUGUCCAGCUUGUCACAAGGUCACUCCAAGAGCUGAGACCCCUGUAAACAGUGUCAGUAACAGUUUGGAAAAUGCACUACAUACAUCAGCACAUUCCAUUGAAGAGUCAUUACCUAAGAGACCUUCAGGAAAACACUCCAAAGUGAGUGUUGAAAAGAUUGAAUUGAAGGGAUUAUCGCACAAGAAGAAUGAAAGAAUUGUUGAAUGUUCCUUUGAGGUCUCAUGGUCUGAUUCUUCAGUAACAUCAAUAACCAAAUCUUCCUCUGAAGUGACUGAAUUUAUUUCAAAGUUGUGUCAGCUGUACCCUGAAGAAAACUUGGAAAAAUUCAUUCCUUGCCUAGCUGGUUCAGAUUCAUUUUAUCUAGAAAGAAACCACAUGGACCUGGAAUCGGACCUAAGGUAUUUGGCCUCUUUACCGUCACAUAUAUUGAGAAAUGACCACGUUAAGAAAUUCUUCAGCACUUCAUCUCUCAUCCAACAACUUCGAAGUUCAAGUCCUGGCAACCUUUCCCUUUCUAAAGUAGGCACUGUGAUGGGUGUAUCUGGAAGACCCGUGUGUGGAGUAGCCGGCAUUCAGUCUUCCCAGAACAACAGUCAACAUCACAUAGCGCACUCGGCUAGUGCAGCCGUCGCACUACCCCACUGCUCUCCUUCGGGGAGUGCUGGCUCCUCGCUGACCUAUCGCACCCAGAUGGACACCACUUCCCCCAUAUUAAUGUCUUCCAGUCUGCAGACCCCUCAGACCCAGGAACAAAAUGGGAUUUUAGACUGGCUCAGGAAACUGCGUUUGCACAAGUACUAUCCUGUCUUCAAACAGCUCACAAUGGAGAAGUUUUUGAGUCUUACUGAGGAAGAUCUGAAUAAAUUUGAAUCUCUCACCAUGGGAGCAAAGAAAAAGCUGAAGACUCAACUAGAGCUAGAAAAGGAGAAAUCAGAGAAACGGUGCCUAAAUCCUUCAUUGCCAUCUUCAGUUACCAGCAGUGGAGUGGCCAGAGUCCCACCUACUAGCCAUGUAGGACCUAUCCAAAGCAUCCGUAGCACUCAUGCUGCAGAGUUACGAGUGGAUGUGGAACAGCCGACUCACCAGGUCCCCCGAGAAGGCAGUUCUUCUGAGUAUUCUAGCUCCUCGUCUAGUCCCAUGGGAAUCCAGGCCCGAGAAGAGAGUUCUGACAGCGCCGAGGAAAAUGAGAGACGUCUAGAGAUUCACUUGGAAGGUACAGAUAAGGAGAAGCCAGUAAUGUUACUGAAUCAUUUCACCUCCAGCUCAGCCAGACCCACGGCUCAGGUUCUACCUGUGCAAAAUGACGCGGGCUCAAAUCCGUCCAGUCACCAUCCUCUGCCGGCGCAGAUGAUGACGGGGGCCGGCUCUCACGUGGCCCCUCUUCGAAUGCUCGGUUCAGUACACAAGUCGGAAAGGGGAAACGCAGACGUGAAGCUCCUCUCGUCUCCUAUACACUCGCUUCUGUCUCUAGAAGACAGGAGCAAAGUGGCAUCAGGACCGAGAGGCAGCAUUAAAAUGGAAAAGAGCUUUGGAAAUCCGAUGAUGGACGUGUUACCCGCAUCCUCUCCCCAUCAGCCCAUCCAGGUUCUCUCCGGAGUUCCCGAAAACAACUCGGUGUCCCCCACCGUUACCUUUGGUCCCCGGGCCAAAGUAGUGCACGCUUCCACUCUGGACAGAGUGAUAAAAACGACGCAACAGCCAACGUUAGUAGUGGAAACGAGUACUGCCGCUACCGUAACGUCCAGCACGGUCUUCCACGUGGCUCGUCCGCCAAUCAAACUUCUGGUCCCUUCGUCUGUUCCUGCUGAUCCGGCUCUUUCCGGGCAAACUUCCUGUUCUAAUAACGUGCAGAUAAGCGUGUCUCCUGCAAUAAUAAAUCCCAGGACCGCUCCGUAUACACCCAACACCAAAGUUGCCUUUUCUGCAAUGAGCAGUAUGCCAGUGGCCCCCAUGCAAGGCAGCUUCUGUGCGAAUGGUAACACUGCCUCUUCCAACAGCCACCCGUCCACCUCCUUUGCAAACAUGGCAAAUCUGACCAGCUGCCCCGCCCCCAGUUCCAGCCCCACCCUCUCUUCCGUUACGGAGAACAAUUUCUAUAGCGGCAGCGGGAACGGCGGCUCCGCGGGAACUCUCCCGGUACCAAAUCAGAAUAAUCACCAUCACCACCACCACCACCAUCAGCAGCAGCAGCCGCCGCAGCCGCCGCCGCAGCAGCCGCCCGGAUGCAUAGUUUGUACUUCCUGUGGAUGCAGUGGGAAUUGCGGUUCGAGUGGGAUGACGGUCAGUUACGCUAACUAUUUUCAGCACCCCUUUUCGGGACCUUCUGUGUUUACUUUUCCAUUUCUGCCCUUCAAUCCCAUAUGCAGCAACGGCUAUAUCAACACGCAGCAGUACAACAGCGGCACGACUUUCCCAGUGGUCCAUUCCCCCUAUAACGGUAACUUAGCUCCGGACUCGGUUCUGAGCGGGCAGUCCACGUUCGCAGUUCCGCCGAUGCAGAACUUUAUGGCGGGGACGGCGGGGGUGUACCAGGCCCAGGGAAUGAUGGGAAGCAGCAACGGUUCGGCCCACAAGAAAAGUGGGAACCUCUCUUGCUACAACUGCGGGGCCACCGGGCACCGUGCUCAGGACUGCAAGCAGCCACCGAUGGAUUUCAAUCGGCAAGGUACUUUUAGGUUGAAAUAUGCCCCUCCAGCAGACAGUCUUGACUCCACAGAUUGAUAUUUUUCUGUCAACAGAACACUAUUAAGCCAUGGAGACAUAAGGAAAAUUAAAUUCAAACCUGAGAAGUCUAGUUGCUGUUGAGCUUAAUAUUUUUAAUCCAAAGGUGCUUUACUUUACUAGACUGGCUAGAAAAUCUAGGUUAGGGGUGCAUCAAACCCAGUUUUAUCGAUUGCCAAAAUCCUAGCUUGGAGCUUGAUGUCAGGACUUGCCUAGUGGGUAUCACAGAUGGUUGGUGAAGUUGGCCACCUACAUUCUUUGUUGCAAUGCAGAAAAAAAUUACCUGAAGAGCAUUGCCGUACUUCGUCCUUCUAGGCUGAAACACGUAAUUCCAGGGCAGCUACAUGUGAUCUGAAUUGAGAGCCGGAGGUGGAAGUUUCAAGGUGGAGUUUCGCUAGCCGGGCUUGACACCCCAAGGCUAGGUAAAAUGUCUACACUCUGGUGGGGGGGCGUUUGUUUGUUUUGUUCUUCCAUUUGUUUGUUUUUUCCUAAAAGUGAUCAGGCACUAAUCUCUGGGAUUUUUCAGGAUUGCACUACAGAAGAAUGUAAAAUCAUUCAAAAAAAUCUCUGCAGUUCUAGUAGUCAAAGUAACUCUUGAAACCGAUUCAAGAGAAAAAGAUGGUCCACACUUAAGAAUUGGCCCCAGCAGGCCACAUGACCUACUACUUAAAACCAGUAAUCUUUUUUUUUUUUUUCCUUCCCUUUCCCUCCUUAGAGCUUCGGUUUUUUGGGGUGUUUUUUUUUUUCCUUUUUUUUUUCUGGUAAUAAACAUACACUACAUCCACAUUAUUCGAUAGAAAUAGUUUACCAGCAACAAAUAAGCCUAAUUUCUAAGGGUCCAAUUCCCAGAGACUCAAGGAUCAUAAAGGCUUUGAGAAUUCAGUUUUUCUUUUCUAAUGCAUUAAACAGCUUUGAGUCCUGUUACUGUUCAACAUGGGUAAAAUCUUUCAGAGAGAUGUUAACUGCGCUACUUUUUUUCUAAACGAGUUUGAAACGAACCCGAAGAACACCAGUAGUAAUGUUGACUUCUACCCCAAGGCUUACCGCUAAAGGAUUCAGACUAUUUCAACAGUAAUACAAUUUUAUUAUUGAUCAAAAGACUUCAGAGUUUUCCUGUCAGCCUCCUUUGUUGCAAUAGACUGUAUUUCACUAGUUAAUUGUAUUAACUACCUAGAACCUGGCAUUUGAAGUGAUAAAUCUUGGAUGGAAGCCACAAGAGGUGUAUGCCACUUAUUUGAAAUGAUAUAGCUUUGCCAAGUUGGAGGAAAUUUAAAUCCUAACUGUUCAGCUCCAAAUGUUAUCCACUGGAAUGAUAACUUUUGUUUAAGGCGGGGAUUAGACAUCAUAGGGAUCUCUGCCAACCGCAUGUUACCAAAUUUUAGAGCCUGUAUCAACGAAAUAUUGACACGGAUGACUGGUAGAUUGGGCAUUUCGGGGUUUCCAGCAAGCAUUUGGGAAUUGGAAAUAUUUGGACGGUUCUCCUAGUGGGACAGAGCCUCAAGCUCAACUCGGUAUUUUCAGAACAAUCCCCUAAAAUUGGUACAAAUACAGAGGCGUCGUAACAUGAGAUGGCGGUGAUACUAUAUACUUGCUUCAAAUUUGUGGAGGUCAUGUUUUCCAACCUUAUGGAAACCAAAGCAGAAAGUCGUGUGAUAUUUGGUCGUAUGAAAAGCAGUUCAUAAAAGAAUUUAGUAAUUUCUUAUUUCUAUGCAAUGUAGAAGCUACAGACCUCUGUAUUCUCAGCUCUGUUCACGUACUCAGUACUACAGUGUUGAAUAAUUGUGAUGUUUGCAAUGACUAUUUUGAGGAUGUUACAUGAUCUCUUGUGAAAUUCUAAGACCUAAAUACGUGGGAGUGAUGAGAACUGACACAAUGCAACUUUGCCUUAAAGAGUUCUAGACAGUAGGAGCAACUUGUCAUGCUAUAUGUUUUUGUUGAAGGAAGACUUUAGGAGUUUUCAUUGAUGUUUACGAUUUUAAUAUUUUUGAAGGCCUUUUCAGGGGCCUGGAUGUGUGCUGAAAGCCAAACUUUUAACAUUUUUUUAAAAGAAUAUUUUAAUUGUAUUUAAAUAAACCCUAUUUCAACACAAUGCAACAGUUGAAAUACUCUUGUCUCAAAAUAGCAAAAAAAAAAAAUUGUUUGUGAGUUGUGUUUUGUUUUAGUGGCCAAUACUGGGAAGUAAACCCAUGUCUGUUACCCUUCUGAAUAGUUCAAAAAAUAUUAACCAGUAUGUUUAAGGAUAAUGAUCCAACUUUUAAAGUACACAUAUUUGAUUUACAGGUUUAAAAUGGAGAAUUGGGCAGUGUAGCUCACACAUUGUUUUGGCAGUUUUCCAAACUGGUUAUGGAUACAUUUUUUUUUUUCUUGUAUAUGGCUGUAUCGUGUGAUGUCAGAGGAGGGCAUUGAAGUUCAAGAAAGUUUCAAAAGUAAAGGGAAGAGAUCCCUAAUGCAGAAACUGUUUAACUGCCCAGUAUUUGAAAGGGCUUUCCCCUAAGGAAUAUUCCUGCUUUAAGGUUUCAGAAUAUUUUACUGGUAGUGUUAUUUUGUUCAUUUCUCCCAGGAACAACCAAAGUUUAUAAACUUCAAUAGCAUGAGAAGGACCUUUUAUCAGUCUUAAAAGGCACCGAGUUCUCGCUUCCCUUUUUAAAUACUUUAACGGCUUUGAGUUGUGAUCUCAAUCUCAGUGGCUAAAGCAACCAGGGAGGUGGUGGCAAUUCCCACUUCCUUACUGCAGUACCAUGUGUCUGUCUGGCAGCCACUUAUUUAAAAAAAAAAAAAAAAAGACAAAAAAUUCAAGCUGUGGACCCAUUUUACCCCCAAGAAUUUGUAAAAAAAAAAAACAAUAAAAAUAAAAAUGAAAUGUACAGAUACGUUUGGGGUACAGAUAGAAAUGUAGCAUAUGUUUGGGUAAGACAAAUUAUUGCAGCUUUUAUGCAGAACACUUAAAUAUCUUAUUUCUAACUUUAAUUUUGGUAGUAUAGGAAAUUUUAAGCGUUAAAACUUUAAACUUCCUAAUUCCCGAGGAGCACUGAAUAAAUACGGGGUCUAGCACGUGUAAAAUAACUUUAUUUUUAACUUAAAAGCAUUUAUGUGAUUGGAAAUAUUGGGAAUAGAACAAACCAGCAUUCUCUGUAACCUCUGCAAGGCUCCAGGAGUCUAUUUGUUCAUAGUAAACGGUAGAUUCAGUAUUUGUAGUAAAUAUUAUAGAACUCUGGAUCCUUUAUUCCAAGAGGUCAGUGUGGUUGAUUUUACACUACCAACAUAAGUAUUGAGGCACAGCAGUAGUAACUUUACCUAAAUAUUACCACUCAGAUUUCUCAAAUCGUUAAACUUUGUGAGCACAGUGUAUACAGGCUUCCACUAUUGAGUUUAAUCCAAUAUUGCUAGUGAAUACCUGCCCAAAACGAAUGGUUAUCAACAAACCGUUGCCUUUUUUUAUUUAACCUCUCCCCCCCCCCCCCCCCCCCCCCACGAUACUCAAAUACUUCCACGGUGGGCUGUGUAUUCCCAGACCGAUAACCGCUGGCAUUACACGUUGGAAAGUCUUAAAGAGCGUAAGGGAAACCGUACCUCUGUUCAACUCCUCCGCCAAUCAGAAGAAAACCCAACAGCUCCUUAUGUACAACUGAGCAUCGUCGGCCAUAGUUAUUUACACUAUGGAUCUGUCCCAAAGAGUAAAGCAAAUUGUUUACAAUUAAAGCCAUGGAUUCGAAGAGGCUCGAUUAUUCUAAAACUCCAUGGAGCGUAAUGAAAGUAAGCAUCCUUAACCGUUUUAACACUUGCAAUAUUCUAAAAGACGAUACUGUGCUGGUUGAGGCCAAAGGUAAAUGUUACUACUAUAAUAUUAACUUUGAAGGAGGGGAGCAAACGUCAUCAUCCCCAAAUAAUAUCAUAAACUUCAUAUGUAUUGUAACAACUCUCAUCAUACUUUUCUAUAUCUGUUUCUAAGUUCUUAUACACAAUCUAGCAAAAGAUGUUUGGUACUGAGAUUGAAAGCAAAUCUUCAUGUACUCAAGUACAAAGUAACUUCACAGCUUCUUUUGGACAUAACUUUCCGCUAGGAAUGAAGGAAAAUUCUACUCCCAUUUUUGAGCCAUUCUUUUACUUCAGUCAAUUCUAGUAUUACAAAUUGUGCAUGUAACUUUAUAAAUAUUUUUAAAAGAUAUAGUUUUGUAAAUAUUUAAUAUUCAGCUAAUUUGAUUUUGAACUGUAAAUGUCCAGUAUUCUGUUAUUGGGAUUUUUAUGUUUUAUUAUACUUUGUUAAAAAGGAAAAAUUGUACAUUUUUAGAAUGUUUUUAUGAGUAAAUUUAAUGUACUGAAAAUAAAAAUUAAAACAGG